CCCGAUUGGCCGGGUGAAGGUUUUUCCGCCGUGUACUUUGGACUCGGAGGGGUGCAGGUGCCCCUCUCUCUCGCGCCUGGCAUUGGAUCCGGAGCCCAUAGGCAGGUCGGGGCGGGGGGACGCUGAGAUGUCCCUCAUCUGCCUGUCAGACUAUGAAGCCUACGCAAAAGACCACUUACCCAAAGCCACGUGGGAAUAUUACGCGGCCGGAGCGGACGAUUGCUGCACGCGGGACGAUAACCUGCUGGCUUUCAAACGUAUCCGUCUGAGACCCCGGAUGCUCCGCGAUGUGUCCGUGACAGACACUCGGACAACGGUCCUGGGGACGGAGAUCAGCUGUCCCAUCGGCAUCGCCCCCACCGCGUUCCACUGCUUGGCAUGGCCGGACGGAGAGAUGAGCACCGCCAGAGCGGCGGAGUCGCUGAAUCUGUGCUACGUGGCCAGUACUUAUUCCACAUGCUCAGUGGAGGAGAUCGUGGCGGCCGCUCCCGACGGCUUCCGGUGGUUCCAGCUCUACGUGUACCGAGACCGCAAGCUGUCGGAGCAGCUGGUGCACCGGGUGGAAGCUUUGGGCUUCAAGGCUCUCGUCCUCACCGUGGACGUUCCUUACACGGGCAAGAGGAGAAGCGACAUCCGCAACAAGUUUCGGCUCCCGCCGCAUCUCAAGGUCAAGAACUUUGAGGGUGUGUUUGAGGAAAACUGCGGUCCGGAUAAUUAUGGUGUCCCAGCCAACACCUUGGACCCGUCCAUCAGCUGGAAGGACAUCUACUGGCUAAGGAGCCUAACCCGUCUGCCUAUCAUCAUCAAGGGAAUCCUGACCAAGGAAGAUGCGGAGCUGGCGGUGGAGCAUGGCGUGCAAGGAAUCAUUGUGUCCAACCAUGGCGGCCGGCAGCUGGACGGGGAGCUUGCCACGAUCGAUGCCCUGUCGGAGAUCGUGGAUGCGGUGCAGGGCCGGAUCGAGGUCUACAUCGACGGAGGGAUAAGAACAGGAAGUGAUGUGCUGAAGGCCCUAGCGCUCGGAGCGAAGUGUGUGUUCAUUGGACGACCUAUUGUGUGGGGUCUCACGUACAAGGGUGAGGAGGGGGUGAGAGGCGUUCUCCAGAUCCUGACAGAUGAAUUCCGCCUCUCCAUGGCACUCUCAGGCUGUCGGAACGUCUCUGAAAUCAACCGAAACCUCAUCCAGUUCUCUAAGCUUUAGAGACGGCGAUUUGGGGGGCCGGGGGGCCAGGGAACCCCCCUCUCCUCCUCCAAACACGUACAGACCAUGGAAGAGCGAUUCCUUUUGUCACCAAUUCCUAAAUAAUUUACCCCAAAAAUGAAUCUGGAUGAUAAUUUCCCGAUGGCUUCGGGGUCACCGCGCCGCUCAUACCUCACAUAAUCAUACGUCCGGCACCGAGAGCCUCAAAGACUUCUUAUUAUUAUAUUUAAUUCUGGGGGGAAAAUCCAAAUAUCUGCUAAAUUAUUCAAUAAAAAAUGAAAACC